UCCGCGCGUCGAAAGGAAGACACAUCCGCUAGCCGCCUAGCGCCCCUGUGACUUGUGAUCGAUAUACGUCGAGUGGUGAUUAUUGACCUAACAUUAUCGUGAAAGCCGGUGAUUUUAAUUAAAAGGGGAGCAGUGACGAAUGUCAAGGUAGACAACCAGUAACAAACAAACAUGAGAUUCUCCGCGAGGUUACAGUUCCUAACAUGCCUGAUGCUGUACGCAUCAAGCGCACAAGCCAUCAUGGUGAAGUUCGGCACCAAGGACGGUCCCAUCGAGCCGCCGGCGCCGGAACCGUCGCCACCGGUCCCGUUGCCGUACCGGAAUCCAGCGCCCGUUUGGGAAGAACGCACUAAUGAUACACCUGACCCUAACGCUCAAUGGCGACUUCCUAUGUUCGUACCUCAGCAAAGAUACACCAACGUGAUCUACAGCUCUCCCCCAUCUACUCCAGUGCCACUGAACAAUGCGCAACGCUUCGUCAAUUCUUACCUGCCAGUCCAACCCCUCCAACCCGUAGCCAAUGGCAAACCAGCCAUUCUUGGCUCCCAGAGCUUGCCUGGCAUUGGUCUGCGAUACUUCUUCCCUGCUUUCACGAAUGAGCAGAAGGUUGUCAAGCAGGACGAUGCCAAGCUCAAUCAUUUGGAGGGCAAUGUUUUGGGAGUGGCAAACCUGGACUCUGCCAGUGACUUCCAAUGGAAAUACGAGAAGGAAGCCACGAGACGGAACAUCAGAAAUUCUCGGGAAGUGAGUAUGACUUAACGUCCCCUAACCAUGUCAAAAAACGUAGGUAAUUUUAGGUAUUUUUUUACUCUUCAUUAAUUUAACCUUGAUCUUGCU